CCGACAUCGUCGGCAUCCCAUGUGGAGCCAGGUGCUCCUCAGAACCUGCAGGUCGCGAGGGUCAGUGGAAUUGACGCGAUGGAAGAGCAGCCAGGCGCUGCUGAACUACUUAGGUGGACGUAAGGUCCAAAGGCUAUGUGUAUUAUCUGCAGUCUCAUCAAUUUCUUCUCAUCUGACAGUACCUUUGAUACCAUCCACUUUGCGCAAUUAUCAGUCCCCCCUUUUCCUGCGAUCCCUCUCGAGAAUCAGACUCUACGGUCACCGACUGCAAGACACCAUGGGCUACCCUACCGCACAGACAACGAGUAUUCAAAAUCCUCGGCUGAGGCUGCUGAACAAGAUCAGGGCUGGGGAGUUUCCGUUGAUGACCUUUGUCGCGAUACCCUCCGUUCGCCAAGCACAGAUAGUGGCUUUGACAGGCCUUGAUGGGAUCAUCAUCGACUGCGAACACGGUCACAUCGGUGACGAUGCUAUGCACAACUCGGUAGCUGCGAUAUCAGCUCUCGGCGUAUCCCCAGUCAUCCGAAUUCGAGGACCAGCACAUGAUAUUCUCAAGCGCGCUUUGGACACUGGAGCACACGGUAUCAUGGUCCCUCAAAUCAACAACGCAGAAGAAGCCGCCCAGGUAGUCGCCUCUUCGAAGUUUCCACCACAAGGUGUCCGUGGCCAGGGCUCCGCUUUUCCAGCCAUCGGUCACGGUCUCACAACUCCUGAGUACAUGAAAUCAGCCGACCAGACGAUUAUCACCAUGAUCCAGAUCGAGACACGCGCAGGAGUUGAGAACGUGGAUGCCAUCGCCGCAGUGCCAGGUGUGGACCUCAUCUUCAUUGGUCCCAAUGAUCUCGCACAAUCACUUCUUGGAUACACUCCUGCACGAGGCGAUGAGCCAGAAUUUGUUCAGGCUGUAGACAAGAUUAUUGCUGCUGCUCGCAAGAACGGCAAGUGGGCCGGAAGGAUGGUUAACAACGGCACAGCAGCAAAGGAGGCAAGAGAAAGAUACGAUACUGUAGCCAUCACUGGUGACACUAAGGCAAUUCAAAAUUGGUACAUGGCGGAGUUUGAGAUUGCCAGAUCUGGUGUGGCCCAGCCGUAGACGGAAGUAAUGAAGCAACGCCUAACCCUGGUGGGGAGUAUAGAGACCCAUGGUCAGAUGAGUACGAGCAACAGCAAUACAUAUGUUUAUCGAACAGCUCUUUCGCGUACGAUCUGAAGAAGGUGAUUCGUGCUUCACUCGGUCUGCUAGCUCUCAUUGUAUGGGAUCGAGGUGUUGGACAUACAUAUGUAUUGCUGUUGCUCGUGCUCGUUUGAUCUUAUGUUUCCAAUCCUAGUCUCAAGAGAAUCUCAUUCUUGUCAGAUAUGGAAUGAUAAAAACCCAACU